GCCAUAACUUAACCAACUAAAUAUAAACGUCUUAACAAAACUGACCCGCCUAAAUAAUAGUACUAAAUUCCAUAACUCGAAAUAUAUUACCUUAUUACAAACGCCAUUAUUCCUAAAUCCUUUUCACUUCAUUCCUUUUUCAGAAAACUUUAUCAUGAAGGAGGGUCGGCGUCUUCCUCAGACAGGCGAUAGCCUCCAGUUCUUGAAAACCAGGACGGCGUACGCUAUCUUCAUAGUGCUAUCCUACGCUUUUGGUUACUUCUCCGCUUGCUACUCUCGUCAACCGCCACCGCUCACGACGGCGCUGAGGACAGUCCGAACGAUAAACCCUCACGAUUGCUCAAUCGACAACUUCCGAGUAACGACUCACUGCGGCGAUCUAGUUCCGCCUGAAUUAAUCCGCCGAACGGUUAUCGACCGGAUUUUCAACGGAACUUCUCCAUACACCGAUUUCCCGCCACCACACGCAGGAAAAUUCCUCCGGCCAAAACGAAUCAAGGGAUGGGGAUCGCAGGGGCUUGUCUUCGAGAAUCUAAUCCGCCGAUUCAAACCUAGGACGAUCGUCGAAAUCGGGAGUUUCCUCGGCGCGUCGGCGAUUCAUAUGGCGAAUCUCACGCGCCGCCUCGGGCUCGAGGAGACUCAGAUACUCUGCCUCGACGACUUCCGUGGCUGGCCCGGUUUUCGAGACCGGGUUAAGGACGUGGCUUUGGUAAACGGCGACGUUUUGCUUCUGUACCAGUUUAUGCAAAACGUGAUCAGCUCUGAUUUUUCCGGUUCGAUUUUGCCGGUUCCAUUCUCGACCGGUUCGGGUUUGGAGAAGCUGUGUGAGUGGGGAGUGACGGCAGAUCUGGUGGAGGUAGACGCGGGUCACGAUUUCAAUUCGGCUUGGGCAGAUAUAAACCGGGCGGUUCGGAUACUCCGACCCGGCGGAGUUUUAUUCGGUCACGAUUAUUUCACGGCGGCGGAUAAUAGAGGAGUGAGAAGAGCCGUGAACUUGUUCGCAAAGAUCAACCGGUUAAAAGUCAAAACCGAUGGUCAACAUUGGGUAAUUGAUUCGCCAGAAGGU